UGCGGAACGGUGUAAACACAAACUAGUUCCGGGUUUUGGUGACUAGUUAAAAUCCAGUCUCCGUCACACAUUCACUGGAUUGACUGAAAUCCCGGAACAAGAUGGAUGGCGAGGAGCGGACCUACGGUGGCUGUGAAGGGCCAGAUGCCAUGUAUGUGAAGUUGAUCUCUUCAGAUGGCCAUGAAUUCAUCGUGAAGAGAGAACAUGCCCUGACGUCUGGAACCAUCAAAGCCAUGUUAAGUGGGCCAGGACAGUUCGCUGAAAAUGAAACCAACGAAGUGAACUUCAGGGAAAUACCGUCUCAUGUCCUGUCCAAGGUCUGCAUGUAUUUCACCUACAAGGUCCGCUACACCAACAGCUCCACAGAAAUCCCCGAAUUCCCCAUCGCUCCUGAGAUCGCACUGGAACUGCUCAUGGCUGCAAACUUCUUGGAUUGCUAAAGUUUCAAAACGAAUGUAAAAUUUAAAACUGGUUCUUGAGUAUUUAACAUUUGUUUUGCCAUAUAUUUCACGUG